AUGGCGGCUGCAAUAAAGACAACGCUGAAGGGAACACGGCACCGGUGGUGCAGAUGGCAUGGGCUUAGAAAGGCUAAGCAGAAAAUAGGAAUACCAUACUCAAAGAAGAGUGCAUUCAAGAAAAAGUUCAACAGACUUAUAACCGAUGAGAUAUCGCCAAGUGCAUUUGAGAAGAAAUGGCGGGAACUAGUAAAGGAAUACAAGCUCGAGGGAAACAAUUUCAUGAAUCGUGCAUACAAGAUGAGAGGUUUGUGGGCAAAACCGUACUUCAUGGACAUAUUCUGUGCAGGAAUUGAGAAUAUCAAGUGCAGCUGCGGCCUCUAUGAGCAUGCUGGACUACCAUGCAGCCACAGCUUAAAAGGUAAGGAGCUGGUGCAUUUAGACAGGACAGUCGGGACAGAGAUACCAAAGGGAAGUAUACAUCAGAGGUGGACUAAAGAAGCAGGUCCAGAUAUCAAUGCUGGGUCGGGAUGUUCAGUAAUGGAACAAAUAACAGCACAGAGUGAUGAACUGAAGAGGCGAGUCCUUGUAAUGAAAGCACUGGAGCUGUCACGAACUAAAGGGCCGAUCAAUGACGAAGCAUAUAGCGAUGCUCUGCGUGCAAUGGAGAGCAUCGUACCAGUCAGGCAAGCUUCCAUUGAAACGAUCAAUUCAGCUGCUAAUGAUGAGACAUCUAAUGUUUGUGCCCCGUCUCAUGAGUUGACAAUUGCAUGCCCUCCGAGGGCAAAAAGAGCAGGCAGGCCUAGAGACACGUCGCUGAAAUCUUGGAACACACACUACAAUCUAGAAAAGGAAAACAGAAGGAAUGAAGACGAAAAUAUCGCAAAACAAGAUACAAGCGCAGAGGAGAAGAGGCCAUCAAAAACGAGAAGGUUGACUGAUUUAAUGCAGGUUACAUAG